AUGCAAUUCCUACCAAUCCUCACGGCCCUUAUCGGCUUCACCUCAACCGUUGUCGCCUACCCAACAAUCUCAUCUAUCAAAAUGCCCAAAACUCCAACCACUCUCGACCCACUCGACUACAACCUAACAUCCAUCAUCCUCCCAGAACCAAACAUCAACCUAAACCAACCCGGAGACUACGACCCGGAGCCACGAGUCAUCUGGGUCGAAUUCUACGACAACGGAAACUGCAUCUUCGGCAAAGGCCGCACAGGACGAAUCAUGAGCAUUCAAGCCUGGGCUUCAGGCCACUGGUACUGUCUACAAAUCACCUGGGGCGGAAGCAUGAAUUUUUAUGGCACAUUGACAGCACCGGAUUGUGAGGUCUGGUUACAUAGCCCGGCGGAAACGUGCAAUGGACCGGGACCAUUUUCGACGAGUUUGAGGAUGACGGAGGAGCAGUGUAUGAUUUAUGGGUCGUCGAGGAAUUUGAAUGUUAUGGUGAGGUGCCCGGUGCCAGAGUGA